CCAAAAUAUACGAGCGAAAUAUUGUUUUUUUUCCCGUUGCCGCGGCGCCGCGCGUACUGUUCUUCCGUCGUGUCGUCGGUGGAGACAGUGGAAGCCGAACUGUAAAGCUUUCAGUGGGUUGGGCGAAUCCCCACUCCUCCCUCCCUCGCUCCCUCCCCACAGAAAUCAACCAAAACCCAACUGAAAAACCCCCAAACAAUCCACCUCUGCCUCACACACUUCGCAGCAGCAGCAGCCAGCAGCGGCAGCGGCAUCGGUGGCCGCGGAAGCUGGCGCCCGCGGAGUACGCCUGGAUCCAGCCGACCGCGUAAGCCAUGGCUGUGAAGGUGAGUUCUGCAGACAAUAGGACAAGAAGCACCGUGUCGCUAUGCAUAGUGAUUGGCAUGUGCUGCUUCUUCUACAUCCUAGGGGCAUGGCAGAAGAGUGGAUUUGGGAAAGGGGACAGCAUUGCCCUGGAGAUCACGAAGCGGACGGACUGCACCAUCUUGCCAAACCUUAGUUUCGACACACACCACUCCAAGAAGGCCAGCUCUGGUGAUCUUGUUUCGCCGGUGAAGAAGUUUAAGCCGUGCGCAGAUCGCUACACGGAUUAUACCCCUUGCCAAGAUCAGAAUAGAGCGAUGAAAUUUCCUCGGGAGAAUAUGAAUUACAGGGAGCGGCAUUGCCCACCGCAGAAAGAAAAACUGCGCUGCCUGAUACCGCCACCUAAGGGGUAUGUAGCUCCAUUCCCAUGGCCGAAAAGUCGGGACUAUGUUCCUUUCGCAAAUUGUCCCUAUAAGAGCUUGACAGUUGAGAAAGCGAUCCAGAACUGGGUGCAGUAUGAAGGCAAUGUCUUCAGAUUCCCUGGUGGAGGAACACAAUUCCCUCAAGGAGCUGAUAAGUACAUUGAUCAACUUGCAUCAGUUAUUCCAAUAGCCAACGGAACUGUCAGGACUGCAUUGGACACUGGCUGUGGGGUGGCUAGCUGGGGAGCUUACUUAUUAAAGAGAAAUGUCUUGGCAAUGUCAUUUGCACCAAGAGAUUCACAUGAGGCUCAAGUACAGUUUGCUCUAGAGAGGGGUGUCCCAGCUGUUAUCGGUGUUCUUGGGACAGUAAAACUCCCUUACCCAUCAAGAGCCUUUGACAUGGCCCAUUGUUCCAGGUGUUUGAUUCCAUGGGGAUCAAAUGGUGGAAUAUACAUGAUGGAAGUUGAUAGGGUUCUAAGACCUGGUGGAUAUUGGGUGCUGUCAGGGCCUCCAAUUAAUUGGAAAGUGAAUUACAAGGGUUGGCAGCGUACAAAGAAAGAUCUCGAGGCGGAGCAGAAUAAAAUAGAAGAGAUUGCUGACCUUCUUUGUUGGGAAAAAGUCUCAGAGAAGGGUGAGAUGGCAAUAUGGAGGAAAAGAUUAAACACUGAGUCCUGCCCCUCUAGGCAAGAUGAAUCCAGUGUGCAGAUGUGUGACUCAACAAACACAGAUGAUAUCUGGUACAAGAAGAUGAAGCCUUGUGUGACACCUAUUCCUGAUGUAAAUGAUCCAAGUGAAGUUGCUGGAGGAGCAAUCAAGCCCUUCCCAAGCAGACUCAAUGCGGUUCCUCCAAGGAUUGCUAAUGGCCUGAUUCCAGGUGUUUCAUCUCGGGCCUACCAGAAAGACAACAAAAUGUGGAAGAAGCAUGUCAAGGCUUAUAGCAGUGUGAACAAGUAUCUACUUACUGGAAGAUACAGAAACAUUAUGGACAUGAAUGCAGGUUUUGGGGGAUUUGCUGCCGCUAUCGAGUCCCAAAGAUCUUGGGUGAUGAAUGUCGUGCCCACAAUUUCAAAGAUAUCAACUCUAGGUGCUAUUUAUGAGCGAGGAUUGAUUGGCAUAUACCAUGACUGGUGUGAAGCUUUCUCUACUUACCCAAGGACAUAUGAUCUUAUCCACGCUAGCGGCCUUUUCACCAUGUACAAAACCAAGUGCAGCAUGGAGGACAUCCUACUGGAGAUGGAUCGCAUCUUGAGGCCAGAAGGCGCCGUCAUAAUGAGGGACGACGUCGACGUCCUGACGAAGGUGAACGGGCUCGCUCUGGGCAUGAAAUGGAGCACGAGGAUGGUCGAUCACGAGGAUGGCCCCAUGGUGCGUGAGAAGGUGCUGUAUGCCGUGAAGCAGUAUUGGGCAGGUGGGAACCAGACUGCCGCAGCAGCAGCAUGAAGCAGGCGAAUUCUAACACAACCGGAGCUGGUGCAAAAUCCAAUCCUGAAACUGAAACUGACUUCCAAAGUCAUCUUCUAGUGAGGCAAAGGAGAUCUUGUCGGAGUGGGCGAUGAAGCAACCGGGGGUUUUGCUUUCUGGCUUGCUUGCUCUGGUGAUCGGCGGACGUAUAUUGUUGUAACAAUUUUGUAAUUUCUUUUGUCACUCUCAAGUGUGAACUGGUUACGCUGCUUAAUUCAAGGUUGCUGCUUGUCAGUUAGUUUCUUGAUGGUGCAACUUCUGUUGUAAUUAGUUACCCUUCUUAGGACAUGUUCUAUUGGGCUGAACUGGUAGCUGAAUGAUUAACCAUUCUAAAGUUUAAAAGAUGGAUU